GGGAGCUGUUGCGCAGGCGCUGCUGGCAAUGUGUUCAUCAAUGUUCCAGAAUCCACACUCUUGACACUUAUCCCACUCUCCGUAUCGCGACACAUUCAUGUUAACGAACAUCUGACGACACCACCAUUACAGUAACCAUUCAGAGGCACCGCUAGCCAUGAAUUCGGAAGGCAGCCCAUCGACCAAUUGACCAACACACGAAAACUCCUCGACAAUGGCCGUCUUCCUCUCCCCCCCUAAGCUCGUGCUGCUCGCCGUGCACCUUGCUGUCAAGGCCGAUAUCGAUAGCUUGGCCUCCCUCGCCGCCCACCAUGGCUCCGUUCUUCGCAAAGAACUACUCCUACGCAUCCUGCUCACAUACCUUCCCGAGACUCUACGAUCGAGCGACUACGUCACCCUAAUCGAACACAUUGAGCGUGGAGACUUUUCCGAAUCGCAACUUGAUUCCACCGAUAACGAGCAGAAGCAUGAAAUCGACAUUUCUCCCGUCGAGUCGCUUACCGAAGAGGAGGCCAUCAAGAAGGUCAAGAAGCUUCGACUGCUACCCCUGUCCUCUCCCGAGGCCGCUCCAUCCACAGCAGAAGUCGCCGCCGACGAUACAACAUCGCUAUUCCUCUUGCGCAGGUCCUACAAGGUGGACGAAGAAGCUGGUUUGCUAACUGAGCUACCGGCUCUGUUGACGCCGUUCUUGGAUCACUCCCCCGCAAUCAGGUGGCUUCUGGUCUCGACGAUACUGCCGCUCCUGCGGCGCAACUGCGAAUAUUACCCUAACGAACCGAUUCCGUACACGCUGGCGGCAUUCCAGAGGUUGCCUGACAGGACGAUAGCGAACUUGUUGUUGUCGCAGACGGGCGCUCGCGAGGAGGAUUAUGGACAGAUCGGACGGGAUCUGAAGGGCAUGAUCGCGCCUUGGAUGCUGGAUAAGAAGCGCUGGAAUAACAGGGGUCAGAAAUCUGGCUCUGCUGAGGACUCGACGCCUAGAGGUACCGACACGGAUGAGGAUCCUUGUCCGGGAUGGAAUCAGGUGUUGCGUUGGCUUACGUCGAAUGCCUCGAAAAGCUGGAGGGUGGCUGCCAAUGCAUUUGACCAGUGGGAGGGCCCUCAGUCGGUGGAUUUAGGUGGAAUUUUGGGAGGAGACGAAAACCAACUAAAUGACGAGCAGCGGCGUCAUCUCGAUUGGACGUACGCCCAAGCUGCUCUGGCAUCUACAUAUCUGAUCUCGGAUGCAUCAGUUGAAGCAUUGGAAGGGGCUUAUGCGAUUCUUAACAGGGCUGUCGUCAUCACCAACCAGGACCCUCUUCCGCCACUACAAAAUGCGGUGGGCUUGUUAGCACCACUCGCCGAGCAAGUUGAUGGCAUUGUGGCCUCGCCAAAGAACGCGACAUAUUUGCGCAAUGAUCUCUUGGAGUCGUCAAAUGUCCUUACGUGGCCAACCGAGACGUCAACGGCUUUCUGCCAAGCCCUGAUAAUAAGUGCUUUCAUUCUCACCAGAGCUGGGUCUCCAUGCACCCUUAGGAGGGUGGGUGAGCUCGCACUGCUGCAGGAUGAGCGGGAGCAAAAGGCGGAAGCCCUCAAGCUUAUUCAUGCUCUAGCUAACCAGGGACCGAAGACGGACGACAAGUUCUGGAUGAAAUCCAGAGACGAGAUACUUUGGCUUCGUGACUGGGGUGCUGAAGAUGCCUGGGGCGCCACCGACUCGAGGCCCAAAGGCAUUUUCAGCCAGCUUAAGAAGGAUUUUUUGGAGGUUGAGUUUCUGAAGGCCUUGCUCACCAACACCCGUUACGCUCUGGCAAAAUCGAUUUACGAAGACUCGGUAGAACGGCCAUUGGACGAAAAGGUGCUGAAAGAUGCCGUUUUCUCCACAGCCAUGACUGCUUACGACAAUGCCUCCAAUCCCAACCGCACAAGGGGUGGGCUGAAGAAGUGUGAUGAUAUCAUCAAGGCAUUCCCCAACACGAUCUCGAAAUCCGAUCCCGUUAGCCAAAAGAUCGAGGCCCUUCUCCAAGCCACACAUGCCCUCAGCGAGUUCCGCCUAGUACUGAAACAAGGCGAACCCUUCACACCAGUCGUUCUACGAGUCCACGCCGACCCCAUCUCCAUCAUCGACAGAAUCCUCGAACAGAACCCCAAGAGCUACACACGGCUUCACGACCUCCUUGAUCUCGGAACCCGCAUGGUCAAAGCCGGACUAACAGCCACCACCAAAACCCCAGCAUCAAAACAACACCACAGCAGCUACACCGCCGCAACCCUCUCUCCCGACGAGGAAGCAAAGCAGCGACUAACAGCCGAGCGCCGUAUAAUCGCCAUGUGCAUCGACGCGGCCCUAACCGAAGACGACUUCGAGACCGCCUACUCCUACAUCCUCAACCGGCUCUCCUCCCCACCAUCCUCCAUGAACAAAUCCUCUACCCCCUCAUCAGUCGUCAUAGAAGACGACUACUCCUGGAAAGCCGCCCUUCAAGCCGGCAAGUACCGACGCACCAGCCGCACCGUGCGGCCCACCCACCUCGGCACCAACGCCUCCGCCAACCCGGAGAUCCGCCACCUCGAGCAGCGCAUCGAGUGUCUCUCCACGGCAUUACGCAUCGCCCCCACGCCCACACUACAAGAGAUCCUCAACGCGUACCGAAGAGCGGAAGAGGAACUUGAUUCCGCGCUGAAAGCUGAAGAAGAAGCUGAAGACGCGUGGGAUGCGGCUGGGGACUCGAUACAUGGUUAUGGUCAUGGUGGGCACCGGGUGCCAGGGGCGUUUGGGACACCACCUGGUAGAAAAUCUACCGUUACUGGUAUUGGGGGAGGAUCAAGCGCCGCAGCUGCAGCAGCCCGCUCAUCUAACUCAGCCUCUCGUCCCCAGCUGAAACAAAAACAAACAGAAGAAGCACCAAUGUCCCUCUUCGACCUCUCCCGCGCCUCCGUCCUCUCCGCGCAAAAGAACCUCUCCGCUCUCUCUUCUCUCCAGCGCGUCGCCGGCGGACUCGGUGGUCAUCUGGGUGGUGUAGCUGGUGGAUUGAGCGGUAGUGUAGGUGGUCUGGUUGGUGGGUUCACCUCCUCCUCUAAUACUACAAAUGCAAGAAAUAGCAUUAGCAGUGACCGUGACCGUGACCGGGAUAUGAGGCCGGGUAGUAGAGGUAGCGCUUCUACUGCUGGUGGUGGGAUGAUGGCAAGCAGCUUUUAUAGCGACGGAGGAGACGACGGUAAUGGGAGUGGGAAUGGAAAUAAUGGACAUGGGAGAGUAAGAAAGAGGGAUCAACUAAGGGAGGCGGCCAUGGGAACGCUGGUGUCGGGCGUGGGGUGGUUGGUUGGUGCUCCUGCGCCGGCACAGGGGACGGGAGGGAAUGGCAAUGAAUAGCGGUUCGACGACGACGCACAGGGAAGAUUAAAUGUUAGGAGUGAGUGAGUGGGUUAGUGGGUAGUGGGCGCAAACCUCAAGGCGAGGAUUGCUCCUCCUUGGUUUCUGGAUAGGGGUUGGUUGGUUUGCAUGAUUUGUUUUAGCGUUUCGUUUGAUUACU